CACCUCUCCUCCUCGCGCCUCUCCGCAAACCUCACCCACGAACCAGCCCGCCAAAAUGCCUACCAUGUGGCUCUCAGACUCGCAAAAAAUCGGAGUCGCAUUCUGCUCUGGGGGCGGUUUCUUCCUGCUCGGCGGCGUCAUGAUGUUUUUUGAUCGCGCCAUGCUCGCAAUGGGCAACAUCCUCUUCCUCAUCGGCCUCACCUGCAUAAUCGGCUUUCAAAAAACCGCCCUCUUCUUCGCGCGCCGCCAGAAGCUAAAAGGCACCGCCGCCUUCGCGGCCGGCAUCCUGCUGAUCCUGCUCCGGUGGCCGUUCGUCGGGUUUCUGGUCGAGCUGUAUGGGAUCUUUGUGCUGUUUGGGGACUUCUUUGCUACGAUUGCUGGGUUUGCGGGGAACAUACCAGUGGUUGGGCCGUACAUCACCAUGGUGUUGGAGCGGGUGGGCGCGGGGGCAAGGAAUUCAGAGCUGCCUGUGUAGCGGGCCAGGGAGAGGUGG